CACCAACAUCCCAUUUAUUUAGUACCACAAGCACAAAAAAGGCACAACGGCAAGCAUGAGCACGGACCUGACUGUUCUUCCCGACGACAACACAGAGUACGGCACGCAGGAGUACUGGCAAAAGCGGUACGCCCAGGAGCCCGACGAGUCGUUCGACUGGUUCAAGACGUACAAGGACCUGCAGCCGCUGUUCGACAAGCAUAUCCCCGAGCGCUCGAGCAAGAUCGUCAUGCUCGGAUGCGGGAACUCGACGCUCUCCGGCGACAUGUACGACGCCGGCUAUGAGAACAUUGUCAACGUCGACUACAGCGACAUCGUGAUUGGGCAGAUGCGGGAGCGCACAUCGCACCAGCCGAAGAUGACGUGGGAGGUGAUGGAUGUGACGGACCUGGAGCUCGACAGCGGCUCGGUUGAUGUGGCACUGGACAAGGGCACACUGGACGCGCUCAUGUGCGAGAAGGGCGAUGUGUGGGAGCCGUCGCAGGAGCUGUGCGAGCGAGUGAGGGGCGAGGUCGACGAGGUGGUGCGAGUGCUGGCGUCCGGCGGCAAAUUCAUCUGGAUCACGUUCGGGCAGCCGCAUUUCCGCAAGCGGCACCUGGUGCGUGACUGCUGGGACGUGCAGGUCGAGACGCUGAACGACGGCGGAUUCGACUACUUUGUGUAUGUGUGCUCGAAGCGGAUGCAAUGAGUGCAUCCCGCCGCGCGCUGUCCUGUUUGUGGUGCGCUCGUUUAGGGGACACAGCAGUGAUUUUUCCCGCCUAGGUGAAACAUUAGAUUUUUUUUAAAAAAAAAAACUAUCAAGCAGAGGAACACAAUCUCCCCCCUUUUCCCUACAAAAGCAAAAAUCACUAGGGCACUUCUUUUGUGCAGAGCAGUUUUAUAGCCGAGGGCUGGCUGAGCAGCUGUUUUUGUCCAGCUCCACACCCAGCCUUAGACGGCAACUUUAUUUUUUCCUUUCUUCAGUCCGUCCCUCUUUCCGUUUCGCUGUCCUCGCCCUAGUGCUUCUGUUUUCCUUCCUCUGUUCCUCUGUUCCUCUGUACUAUUUUCUUCCCCUCUAUUUCCCCGUCUUUCUUCACAAAUGACCAUUCAGCACCUGUUUGUCCCGCGGAAUCGGCUGGUGUCGUUCAACGUGCGAGUGCGUAUCGACGAUG